GGGGGUGAGGGAGAGGGGAGAGUAGCCGCGGAGGGGAAGGGAAAUUAUUGAUCACGGCGGGUUGUGGGCCUGCCUGUCUGCCACCCGCCACCGCGCCGCUCCCAGGCCUACCCUGCAACCCUGCAACACCAUGCAACACACAGUAAGCAGCACAUGAUCGCCAUGGGUAGUGACCAACACUUUUGCCUGCGGUGGAACAAUUUUCACAGCAACAUUGCCACAUCGUUCGAGCACCUCCGUGACCAUGAGGACUUUGUGGACGUGACGCUGGCAUGUGAGGGACGCAGCUUAAAGGCACACAAGGUGGUGCUCUCAGCCUGCUCCCCAUAUUUCAGAAACUUGCUCAAGCAAAAUCCAUGCCAGCAUCCAAUAAUAAUCCUGAGAGAUGUUGCAUAUGUGGACAUGUCAGCGUUGCUCAGCUUCGUGUACCAGGGGGAGGUGUACGUGUCUCAAGACCGACUCACCACCUUCCUCCGCACAGCUGAGCUGCUCCACAUCAAAGGACUGACUGAGCAGAACCAACAACAACCACACCUUGCAACCCACCAGCUGCACAGAGAUCAGGGAGGGUUGGUAAACAAGGUGGUGAGCAGCCUUGGGGCCAUAGCAGUCCAAGGCCCCACAUCACCCCACCUGAGGUCCACCCCCUCCCCCACCAGCCACGUGUUGCAGCAGCCGUCCCACAUUUCACCACCACCCAAAAAGCGCCGACCAGCCAGCAGUCCAACUCUCAGUUUGCCAGUUUCCACCGCAACUCCUUCUACCCCACCCCGCUCAGAGGUGCCCCCGGCUCGUGCAGAACUGAGCCCACACCUGGAGGGUUCUACUCUAGCCGCAGCUCUCACCAAGCCCCUCAACCCCUCUGUUCAGCGAGGGGACGUUGCGCCGCGCAGCUCACAACUCCCGCCUUCCGUACAGCUGCCCCCACCUCCCUUGUUAGCAGCGCCCCACCCCGCCCCAGAUGUGCCAAACGUCAAGCAGGAAGAUGAAGGGGAGGGAGCCGUGGGAGAGGAAGACAACCGCAUGCCAGAGGCUGUCAACCUUGUAACGGAAGGUUCCAUCCUGAGGCAGCGGAUCCAGGGCUACCAGGGGAGCUGCGAGGCACCCGUGUCUCUCCCCCCUCCUCCCACCAGCAGUGGCAGCACACGCCCCUCCCUGCACCCACCUCCCACUGUCAAGGACGACUCUCUCAGCGACGACACCACUUUAGGGGGGGAGGCUGGGGGAGAGAUGGGAGAAGCGGAUGAGAAGAAGGAGGCUUUAGCCAGUCCACCACCCAUGGUGAUCAGACCACCACUCAUGGGGCUUCUUCCCAGGGAUGCUGCAGGGUUAUAUGCGGGUCCAGGAACAUCAGGGUCUAUAGGUCAGCAACAUGAAUCUUCUCAAGAACCACGUAAUGGCAGCAUGGGGGAGACCUACGCAGGAGUGGAGGAUAACCCGUAUGAGGCGCGCCCGUGUCCGGUGUGCCACAAACUGAUCAGCAACCGUGCCAACCUCAAGAAGCACCUCAAGAUCAGGCACUCAGCUCAAGAAGAGGCUCUCUGUCUCUACUGUCGCAAGGUCUUCCGCAACAAGUACUCCCUGUGGACCCACAUCAACUCCUAUCACCCUGGGGUCAAGUCUGCCAAUGCCCAGGACCCAGCCAGUGCUCCUCAGGAUGCCAGUGGCUCUGUUUCUGGUAGUACUGGUAGUGCUGCUGGUCGCUCCUCUGGGUACAAGGGGCAGUAAUGGUCGUAUUUUGUGUAGAAAAGGAUUUGCUAUUACCUCAUAUUACAUUUUUCUACUAAAACACUGUGCUCGACUAAUCUCUUGGAAAUUCUGAAAUCCACUUUACCGUUAUUCUCUAUGUUUUCAGAUUAAUCAGAUCCUAUUGAGCUCUGUAGGAAUCAGAGAUCCUAGGGAGUAUCUUGAGGUGGAAGAUCAUGAUGUUAUCUGCAGGUGUAGGGUCCUACUUGAUGAAAGUACUGUACGGGUCCUAAGUUCUUAUCCCUACACCCAGAGGCCUGAGUUCUGUGCCCACACUACACAGUUCAUUGUUAUGCUGUUCAUGCAGGUAUGUUCAUCAGGUUUACCAAUCAACACUCUACCUCAGUUUUAUAUCAGUAGUAGCUUGUAAACACAGCCACUCUAACUAAUUGAAAAUUAAGUCAAUUAUAUGGAGAUCUGAUAGUCCAAGCCAUAAACAUUUGUACUCCGUAUGGAAUAAGCCUUUUUUUCUCAGUUUUUAUCACAGCAGUCUGAUUGGCUUGAAUAUCCUCCAUAUGGAAAUCAUCCGCACAUAAAACAGCAGGUUAUGUUUACAAGUGUGAGCUCCGCAACGCUUGAGACAAUAUUACAUGGUCAUAGUAAGUACUCAUGAGAAGGUGAUAUAAUAUGAUCCUUGGUCCUGCACCCAAACAUGCCCUCCAACCCCCACCUCACCUCAUACCCCCAAACCUCAAUUCCCCAAACCCACCAGCUGCGUCUGGUGGUCGUGCUGUGAUGAUGCAGAUAUCUUGUCCUCAUAUUGCAGGGAGAUAAACGCUAAUGACGUGUUUCUGGCGGUUCUGAUGGAUAACUUUCUAUUAUUUUCCUCCGAAGAAUAUGUGAUUCAGAUCGUCCAGAGACUUUCUGAGAGGCGUUAUUGAAGCCAUGGGUCUCAGGUCUGAGCCAGCGUAGGACCUGGAGUUGCCAAGGUCCUGCGCUGGCCAGUCACUCCUCUAGGCUCGGCUCACGUCUGAACAACCUCAUCUAAUGGCUUUCAGGAAUGUUUUGUAACUCUAAUAUCAUUAAGAAGGAAGCAAGUACACUGACAGCACUUCGUUGGUACUGUUUGUAUAAUAGUAAUACUUAUUAAUAAUGCUGGUAAUAAUUACAAUAAAGCUAAUAAUAAUAAUAAUAAUAAUGAUGUAAUAAUAAUAAUAAUAAUACUUGGAGGAUCUUAGAAUGCUCAAACUACUGUACAAACUUCUUACCUCAUCACCAUCUGUCACUGGUUCUGUUCUGUAGUUCACAUCACUUAGUUUCCACCUAUCAGUUUCAUAUGGUACAUUAGUCCAGGUCCAAAUUAUGAUGCAACUCAAGAGUGAUGGUUAUGCCACCUGGUCAUCAGCUGUCACCAGGCCUUGAUGCGCCCACGGCCUCUGAGCAGCGAGCGCAGGCUGCCGGGGUCUGUCACUCAGUCAGGGAGCAAAGUACCUGUUAGGAGGGUCAUGUCUGGGACUGCUGUUCAUCACCUUUUAUGUCAAUGUGUUAGGAAACCAUCAGGCAUCAUUUGAGCUGAAGAAAUGGGAAGUAAAUGAUUGUUUUUGUGUAUUCACAUAUUAUAAAUUGUUUAGGAGUCAAUAUAUGAAGAUAAGUGGCAGGUGUUUAUCAGAGAGAUGAAUAAUUAAAAAUGUGUAGAAUUUAUUUUUUCAAGAAGACUAGAUAAUUUAUUGAUUGUUGUUGAGUACAGCAAUGUAAACAUUUUUAUCAUUAAUUUUGCCAUAGUAUUGGUGUAUGGAUGAUAAUGUCCGACCACUCACUCCACAUUUGGGUUAGAAGAAUGCUGCCACCACUGCAACGGGGAACUGAAAGGGAUGGCUGGAGGGGACCAAGAGCCACCUCCUCUUUGGUUGUCUUUGUAAUGAGAUAGGGCAUGACAUCUAAUCCUGGUUGCCUCCCUUCAAGGGGAAUCUUAGUCUGAUGUAUUGGUAGAUUGAUUGCAGUGCUUUUACAAUUUUUAUUAUUUAUCAUUAGUUAAAUUCUUAUUGUUUUAUAAGCUUAAUUAUUAUCACAAGUAUCAUCAGUGUUAUGGUUGUUGAUGUGGUUGGGUGGGGUGCAGUGGUGGUGUGGAAGAUGCGGCAGUCAGUGCAGGCAGUGGUAGUGGUGGUUUGAGUCCCUCCACAUGACAUCAGUCCCAGGCAGACACCUGACUAACUCCUCUUGGGGUAAGCCAUGCAGAAGAGCCAAUAUAUUUUUACUAUUUUUACUAAAGAAAAGAAAGUUGCUUCUUUACUUUUGUUACACAUAUGCUAUUAUGGGUGUAUAAGGGAAAAUAUUAACCUUAGAUAGAAUCACGAGUUUGCAGAUUUCUUUUUCAUUAGAAAUUAGCCUUUCUAAUGGAAAGGCAUCACAAACAUACAACCAAUUUUUUCUCUUUUUUGUGAUCUCCAUAUACCAUAUUAGUAAAACCAGUUUCAUUUAAUUAAAUUUAAUUUGUCAGGUUUGCAUUUCAACCUCAGGAAUCAGGGCAGGGACCUGUGGUGAUGCAAUGGCACAUCAGUCAUCGUAAUCUUGGCGGGGUGACCCUGCGAUGCACACGGUUACUUCACACCAGAGUAACUCGUUGUCACAACCAGACCAACACCACACGGCAAGGUGGUGUGUGUCACGCAUGGCCUGGGAGUGUUGGCUUGGUGUGAACGCCAGUACCUCACCUGCUGUGCUGCACCACCACUGCCUUGCUGGUGGUGUGUCUGCUGAUGUACUCGCAUGGCCACCUCUCACCCGUUGUUUUCCUUGUUUUGUAAAUUUAGGUGAACUCCUCAUUGCGCAGCAGAUCCAGCCAGGAACCUUAGUGCCACACAUGAAACUUGUAAAGUUUUACGUGGCAUUACCUCAAAGAUAUAUUUUGAGAAUUCAGACAUUUAUACCUCCUCUGCCUCCCACACGUGCCAUGUGAUGGCAUUGUGGAAUGCAGAUGUACAUGUGACGGCCACCUUGGAGUUUUUUGGUCUGCUGAUGCCAUUGGGGCAACUCUUGUGUCAUCAUCCAUUUAGUACAAACAGUGUCAUUAUCAGGAAUAAAGUCAGGAGUUUCUGUGCAUCUUUUCCGCUAGUAAGCAAGAAAGACUUGGCCUCCAUCAAUGCUGUAUGUCAGUGUAAUUGCUGAUUCUUUGUAGAAAAUAUGUCUGUAUAUAUUUACAGUGCAUCCCAAAGUAUAUUGUAAUUAUUUGAUGCUAUAGUAGAACUUUUUAUUUAUCUAAUUUUGUAUCACAGUUGUUUUACUCAUUUUACGAGAGCCAUGCAGGUUACAGUCCAUAGUUAACUAAGCGGCAGCCAGGGAAGGCGUCUGUAGAGCGGCCUUUCAUUCUGUGAGUGAAGUACAGUGUUGGUUUUGUUGUUGUCAGGAAUCAAUAAUGUCAUGCCCCAUUGAAAUUAUUCUUCAUGUAAGCAUUUCUCUGUUAUUUUAUGUUAAAAAUAUGGUUCUGUUUAGAUUUAACCAUAAUGUUUCUUAUUUGAUUGGAAAUUUUAUGAAGCUUGGUUUUUAUGAAUGAGGCAUGUUAUGCAGAAAAUUUGUUAUUAUUAUUCCAUACAGUGAGCAUGAUGCAGUACCAGCAAUGAAUGUUGUUUUGAAGACACUUUCCUGGCUUCCGCCUUCACACAUACCGGUAUCUUCUCUACCUCAGGAAUCAGACGUUAUGAUCAUGGUGGGGGAUUGGGGUGGGUCUGGGAAAGCUGGACGUGCUGGGCCACCCCUCAGGGUGGAUAUUUGCCACAAAACACAAAGCUUGACAUUUAUUACCCACCUCCAGUGUUUUGUGGAUAGUAGAUCAGUUAUACCUCAGUUGUAGGGCGAUUAUACAGUGGACAUUGGUGAGACCAUUGUGCAUUUCAGGUCAAACGCAAUUGAAUACGAGUACUGUCUACCUGAUAGAUUUGUUUUAUACAUAUACGUAAUGUGUUGUAGUGCUGUCCCAUAGUCUCUCAACCUCAUGUGUGAGAAGAAAAACACUGUAGAUGGAACACAUAAAGGUAAAUUUUCCUUGCCUUCUCAAUAGUGGUUCUGCUUCAGCCAGCCCAGCCUCGCCCUGAUCCCCCUUCCAGUAUACUGUAUCAGCCGGAAAACCCAGAGUGUCUUGGCAGGUUGUAACUUUUGUAAAGGACAAUCUGUGGGCACUUUGGGAUAUGUAUUUUAUCAUAUGCCGCUGUGAGACAGUUUAUUAGAUACUACAGGGAAUAUUUUUACAUUUACAUACAUUUUAAUAGUAAGUUCAAUGUCCAUUUUCAUUAGGAAAAAAUAUCAUGAAGUGUUUCACUGUAGUUGACGUGAUGCAUCUUAGUUGAUUCACGUACGUACCAAUCAGCUGUUCUUUGUGAUGUGGAAUGGUUUUGUCCACAGUUUUUCAGGUAAUAUGUGAGCUGAGUGCUGGUGUAUCUUGCAGUCAGUUAAACUCCUACACAAAGCUCUAUCUUCUUCCCCUGUCAGACAGUUCAUGGAUAAUAGCACUUAUAUAUUUUUUUUCCACCUCUUAUCCCUUAUCACCCCACAAGGCAUAAUUCAGACAGGCUUUUUUUUUUUUUUUUUUUUUUUUUUUUUUUUUUUUUUUUUUUUAAUUUUUCUUUUUUUUGCAUUGUUUAUUCUGAUUUUAUUAUCUUGGUGUAAAUAAUGUUAGUGGGGUGAUGUAAAAUAUAUAUGUGUGAUAUGGUUCUCAUGGUGCGCUGACAAAACAACCAUGUGUGGAAAUAUAAAUAACUGUGCCAUGGUGUUACUUGCAAUGGUGACUAAUUCUCGCUGGAGUUUUGGUUCCUGACAGUCCCUGACUCCCUUGCUGGUGACUGAACAAUGUCUGUAGUAAUUGUGUGUGGUAUUGCAUAGCUCAUGAAUAUAAUGAGAAUAGUAGAUCAAUAGAAAGCAUGUGAGCAUGGCAGUGACGGUCAGAAUCGUGACAAAAGACCUAUUGGUCACACUUUGAGCCCAGACAGAUGUAAUUUUUGUAGAUUUUCCUCACCCUCACGAGAACAGUGUGUGAUCUUCAUCAUCACACCUUAUAUGACUAGCUCUCAGUACACUGGAGAUACUGAAUGUGUAGGAAUGAAGCUGAUAUAACCAUUUAAACUUUCAUCAUGAGUUUAAGGCAUUGUGUAUUUGGAUAUGUACGAAAGGUAUCCUUUGAAAUUCAUGCAUCACUUACUAUUCAAGUAUCAAGUAAAGAUAUCAUAAUUUUGUAAAAUAUGGAAGAGGUCAGUUGUAUUGCAGUGGUCUGAAUAACAUGACAAAGACCCAGUGCACAGGAUGUAGUACAGUACUUGCUUGGUGUUCAAUUAGACAUUGCCUGCUCAGCGCACCAUGACCUUAAUCUCUUAUAAAUAUUAAGCAUGAUAGUGUGACAUGAUCUAAUGAUUGUAUAUACCCUCACUCUUAAUGUUCAUUGCCUCAGUCUGUCUGAAUGGGAGGACAACUUUUCCGCCAUUGCUCAAGGAAAAUGCCGUGAAAUAUUAAAACAUUGCUGUGUUUAAUGUCUUGUUGUCUGUUAGAUGAUGUUUUAUAUUGAUAUAUUUUAAUUAUGAGUUUCAAAGAACUCAUUAUAUUCUUUGUUAGAGCCAUUUAUGUAGCUUUUUGGUUUAGUGUUAAGAUAAAGUAUAUAUUUUUUUCUUCCUACUGACUGCAAAACAAUUCUCCUUGGGAUAAAUUCAGACAUCGAAUUCUUUAAUUUCUUUUGAAAAAAAUUAGAUGAAAACACUAAGAACUUUUUGGUAAAGCUUUUGUUAUGUUGAUAGUUUGCUCACAUUAAUUGAUAUAAAUAAUGUGUGUUGUAGGUAGUUGAGGUGCACUAAUGUGCAUACCAUGAGUAUAUUGCAGAAAGAUGCAGUUUGCAAGCAACCGUUGCAAUGUGAAAUCUCUGUCUACACUAACAACUAAGUGUGUUUUGCCUUGGAGUAUACAUAGUAGAUUGGUGAGGGUGUCUGAUGAUCGAUCAUGACUCCAAAAUGGUUGCAUUGUGUGUAAGGUCUUGGUGAUGUGACAUUUCUCAAGUGUAAGCUUGUGUGAAAUGUCUUCAUGUCUGAUUGUGAGAACUCAUUUCAUCUGUUCUGAAGGACAGAAUUGCAAGAAUAGCUUGGUAGCUUCCAGAAUAUUAUAUUUGCUUGAAGAUUCCAGGGAUUUUAGUGUUAAAAAAAUGGGAGCUGGUCUUAUUAUUAUUUUAGAGAUAUCUUUAUAUUAUACUUGUUCUGAAGUUCCUUAUAAUAUAUAUACUUUCUAGGUGGAGUUGAAGAAACUACUUAUGGUCGCAAUGCAAGAGUCUCAAGUGUAUUAUGCUAUCAUUUGCCAGCUUUAUCUUGUGCGCUAGAAUGAAGAAGCAGAACAGUUAGUCAUCUGUCCUCAAAGGUAGUCAUGGAACUUAUAUUGAAUCAAUGAUUUGUGACUUUGAAUUAGCAUUGGAUGUGAACCAAAUGUGUUUCCUUUAUUUUGGUGUUGUGAUGGAACACAGCGUAGGUGGUAUUGGGAAGCUCAAGUGAUGUUUUAUUUGUUUAUGUGAUAUUUCCAUGUGAUGGAUGUGAGGUAUUAUGGCUGAGCCAUGGGACUGGGUGGUAUUUUAUCCUUCAUCAACAUUAUGACGAAGCAAAUGGUCAGUGCUACAAGACAAUGUAAAGGAUAUUGAGUUCAAGUUGAUUGCUUCCUCAGGGCAUGAAGCAGACAUGUGUUGUUUGCACUUCAGUGCAUGAAGUGGUAGAGCCUCUCACACUUUUACUUCAUGGCACAAAAUUAUGUUGCCAUGUCUUGUCCUAAUUUUCAAAAUGUUAUCAUUCAGUUUUCUUAAGAUUUUUCAUUGCAGAGAUCAGCAGUCUUCAGUCAUGUAUGAGAAUCUUCUGGUAAAGAGAUGAAUAUAUAAAGUUUCAGGACAUAUCAUGAAGUACCAUCACCAGAUAUUCAACUUUGAUUAGCUUCAGGUAACACCACCCUUGCAAAAGAGAUUCCACCCCAGACAGAGGCUAUUAUAUUGCAACAUUCAGUGGGGAAAAAGAUCCACUGAUUUGCACUUGUAUCACUGUAAAAUUAGCGUUGCCUAAAGUCAUGUUGGCACUUUCAUAAGUUCACGAUGAGAAAGUGUGAAGAGUGUGUUAUGAAUCAAUCUUGGUGAAGGUAUGAGAAGCUCCACUAUAGCUGCUGCCACUCAUUACUCCACUUCCUCUUUUAGUUUAUGGAGCUGACCAUUUGGAGACUUAUCAUUCUCCACAUCUGUGAGGAAGGUGUAAGAUAUUCUGUGAUAUCUGCAGGAACUGAAGGGGGGCAAUUUGUGCACCACGAAAACAGCUUAUGGGUAAAAUUUUACUCAGAUAUGCUGUCUAAUUCUAAUUGUUGUCACUUAGUGUACUAAACAGGCAGCCACAAAGGAGGCAUUUAUUUACUCUGGGUUGGCUGUUUAAUUCCCUGGUUAACGCACGAGUCUGAAAGCUUUAGUGGUGUGGGAAGGGCACUAGUGUUGCCUCAAGCCUCUCAGAUGAUGUUUCUAUAGCUUGCAGUGUGAGGCAAAAUAGAGGGAAGGUUAUGUGAACACUUCCCUGAAAUGUUUUUUGAUGUAAUGUGAGCUGUGCAGAAACAUUUGGAAUACUUGAAGCACACAGAGUGCCUGGAACACACCCUAGGGCAGGGAUGUUACAUUAAACCCCUGACCACUACCUCGAUUCCUUUAAAGCUAAGCAGUUGUUGUGGAUGGACUCUUCCAGAUUUGAUUUAUUGCAAGGAAUAGGUAUGAUUCACUGUGUUUUAAUGAGCUUGCUGCUGCUGCCGCUACUCUGAUUCUGUGAAUUUGAUACUGUAAUAAUUGUAUUGGGGGAGUUGACUUAUGGUGCUUGUCACACAGGAUGCUGGUUAAUGCAUGUCUCGGGAAACUGCAACUUUCUGCCUCAUUAUGCCUCGUACACAGUGACUUCAUCAAUAUCAGGUGUGUCAGCAAGUCGUAUAUACUUUUCAGGUUUAACAUGAAAAAAAUAGUGAACCUGUCUGAUUCAUAUAUUUUUUAUACUUCUUAAAUUGAAUCAGCUUUUUCUUGCUUUUUGUAUUGAGUAGUUUCAAAGAUUACAGAAAAUGUCAAAACCAGUGUUAAGUUGUUGAGUUUUUGGAGGCUGAUUGUAGAGAAACUGUAUUAACCAGGUUCAUGUGUUCAUGUGUUGGGAAUAUGGCAAUGCUGUGAAGUCCAAAUUGUGAUUUAGAAUAGUAUUAAUGGAAUUUCAAGGAGUGACUCUUGGAGUUUGUCUCUAGAGGCAGUAUUGGAAGCUAUGAGCUAAGUGUAAUAAGGAUCACAUGGUGGAAGAUGAGCCUGGCACCGUCACUUGCCAUCUUGUACACAGUACAAGACUUUUCCUCAUUAUGGGAUAUCAUUUGAUAAGCAAGAAUGGCUUAGCUUCUUCAUACCCUCAGCACACGUUGGCUGCAGCCAAGUUUGACGUAACUAAAGGAACUAUUUUAUUGGAACUCAACUUGUAGAGUACAUGCAGUAGAAAGGUAGAUGAUAGAAAUUGUCAUGUUGAAGAUAUGAAGAGCAAAGGUCGUCUUGCCAAUAAUCAGACACUGCCGCUUCAUAGUUUUUUAGCUUCAGAAGCUUUGUAUGCUGUGAUGGUAAUAAGUAGGAUUUCAGAAUGCUGAAAGCAUGUUAUGCAGGAUCCAAGGAACACCUGGCCAUGAGCUGCAAAGCAUCCCCGCCAGGUGUGGAGGGGCAUAUCCACAGGCUCUUUUCAGCUCUCAUGUUGAUGUCACUGCCAUGCCUUAACUUUUGUCACAAAUACUGAAAAAAAUGUUCCUAUCAUGAAUUCAAUUUGCUUUCAUCUUGAAAGUUAUUCAUUGUGAUGCAGUCCAUGAAUUUCAGAUGUCAUAUAAAAUGUCACAUAUAUUAUAUUAGUAACAGUAACAUUUAAUUCAUUAACAGAUUUGUAGUAAGAUUUUCUCAUUAUUUACAGUAAAUUGAACAGUUUUGAGUAGUUACCUGAAAGUAUCAUCACUGAUAUCACUCAGAUAUCAGUCCUCAUAAUAGACUGGCAGGGAACACAAUCAUGUUGAGCAUCAUGUUAGUGCAUUAGUGACACAUAGAAUCUAGAACAGUUUCAUGUAUAAUUCUGAGUUUAUCUGAAAACAGAUCGGUUCAUGGAAAUUCACAUGCCAAUAGUCAAAUAUGAACAAAAGGCAGCAAAAAGUGAUGUUAGUGUAGAGCCUUGAAUGUGGCGUGGAAUAUUUCCCUCCUCCUGUAUAUUGGUGUUGGUGCUGGUGGCGUUAAACAUAUUGAUACCUUUCAGUGGUCAGCUGCCCUGAGGAUUAUUACUUAAAGGUUCUGCUCCAAGCAGAGACUUUUAAUGAUACUAAGAGAGAGAGUGAGAGAUAUGGUGUUGGUUUAUUUCAUUUAGAGAUUGAGAGCGAGAAAGAGCGAACAAGAGAGAGAGAGAGAGAGAGAGAGAGAGAGAGAGAGUGAAGUAGUGAGAGGAUCUGAAAGGGUUGAAAAUUGAAAUGGCUUUUCAGGUGUGUUGUAGAUCCUGUGUUAAAUUAAUCCUCGAAACAUUUCUUAUUUCAUUUGGAGCAUCAAGUUUGGAAACCGAAUUAACUUAUUGUUUCUGGCCAAGUGUAUCAAGUCUCAGCCAAGUCACUUUAAGGAUACUAGUAAGGUAGUUGUGUGAGUAUGGAAUGGUGAUGAGAAUGAGUUUUAAUUGGUGAAAGAACACAUGAUAAUGUAGUUCAUUAGUUCUUUAAUGUUAAACACAGUGUUUGUGGGAAUGACUAACUUUUCAGACCUUGAUCUAAUUACACCCUCAUGUUGUAUGUCACGCUUGGAGCUUAUCUCUGAGUGUUCUUGAGGUGUGCAGAAAAUGCUACAGAAUGUUUCAUCACCAAAAAUUUUGAGCCUAUGCUGCUAGGUCUGAAUAAGCUAGUAGGUAGUGGGUUGUGUGGGGCAGAUUUGUGGAGCGGCAGGGAUGGGCAGGCACGCCAGUGCUGUGUUGCUGCACCCACACACACCACUGCUUGAGUUCACCUCAGCCACUAAUUCUGUCAGCAAACUCAGGCACAAUAACUUGAUUUAUCAUCAUAAAGCUUUAGUAAGUUAUUUAUAUUAUUGAUAUCAAUGAAUCUUGUGGACUACAAUAUAUUGACUUUAUACAUGAUGAAGUUCUUUGUAAAAAGUAGUAACUAAAACUUUGUGGGUGCAACAGAAGAUAUGAUGUACUGUAACAUGAAGAACCAAAAAGUGAGAUGCUGUCCACCAUGAAAAGAUGUUGCCAGUCCCUUGGCUACUGUGUAUGGUGAGGCCUGGCCUGGCCCAGCCCAGGCCCUGCCCAGGCUGAGGCUGCCCUGUCUGCCUCACUUACCCCACUUAAAAUUGUAGAUUUCAGAGUCAGCUGUAAGUUUGACUCUGUAUGUGUUAAACACAUUGAUUUUCUGUGAUUGGUUUAGGUUAUGGAAUAUACUUAUUGGCAAAGCCAAAACUAUUAUUUCUAAUAAGUUCCAUGAGAUGGUUGAGUUUUAAUAAAUAAUUGACAGAUGAUUAUGUAUAACAUUUCUAAGUUCACCAUUUAGAUAAAAAAGAAAUUUAGGUCUAUAUGUAUAUACUUUUGCAACUUUAUUAGGUACAGAAAGCUACAUAUUGUUGUAUGUGUUUGAAGUAUAAUUAAUGUAUUUAAUAUAUAUAACCUUUGCCUUGGUUUUACAUGAGGGAAUGUAUGGCCUUGUGCAUGCCAGGAAUGCAUAGAUUCUUGUCCCACUUCAAAACAAUGUUCACCAGCAGUAUUUGUUUUGAAUUUAUUUACUUGGUGCUUUCUCUUUAAGCAUCAUAAUGAGUGUUCAGUAUCUGAAGGUUUCUUUAUUUGCUGUAAAGACAAUUAUCCAAAAUGCCACACAGUAUCUUUCUUACUCAAAAAAAUGCUGUACACUAUUAUUUACAUAAUGAAAGCACAUAAUUUAUUCAAUAUUCAAAAUUGCAAGGUGAAUUUUCCAACAUUAAUCAUCCCUGUGAUAGUUUUGGUCACAUGACAUUGCUAGAGGUGUUAGGAACACCAUUACUCAUUCAGACCUCAGUUGUCACACCUGCCAUUCAUUACAAGGCUCUUGUUGGCCAGGCAGGAUACAGACAGCAGCUGCUUUUCAAUCAUGAGCCCAGGUCAUGAUGAAACUCGAGUGAAAAUAUUUGAUAACCAAAAUUUUGUAGACAUUGCAGCAUUCAGGUUUCACUUUAGGGUUCAGGAGACUAAAGACUUGCCUCUUUUACAGCGACAAUCACAUUUUGAAUCAGUACAUGAUCAAGGGCCAGGAAGUAACAUGAUAUCAGGGAGAAAUUUAAUCAAUCUAUUUUUUCUAAACUCUAUGCAUUAUUUAGUAAUUUCAUGAAGUAUUGGAUUGUAAACUUUAUAUGAAAUGUAUUUUCUCUAAAAGAGAGAAAAUUAAAGUUCUGUCAGUAUUUACAUAAAUUAUAUGAUGCAUAUUUAUGUAUAAUUUGUUGUAUACUGAAAACAAAUAUGAUGUCUUGUGAAUCAUUGUAAGAUUUUAAGAAAGUGGUCCAAGAAGUUCAAGCUUGAUUGUUACAUGACAGGUAAAUGGUCUUUUGUCUUUAUCAUCUUGUUGUGGUAAAAUUCCAGUAAUGGCCUCCCGCAACUGUGGUAUUUCCUGUUGGCCGGGCACGUUAUUCACGGCUGUGGCUCUUCAUACCAAAUUUUGAGUGAUCAAAGUCAGACUGCAGAUGUGAUAGCCUCAGUUUUGAAAAGGGAAAGGUCAUUGAGGUUUGUUCCAAUUGGAUUCUCAAACUAUUGAAUUGCCAAAUAAUAAGUGAUAAGGAUCUUAGCAUAAUUAAACAAGAAAAAAAAAAAAAGCUGGUGAAAAAAGAUUUUGUCAUCAGUUUUAAAUCAAUAUUUUGCAUUAAUUAUCCUCAGUUUUUAUUAGUGUAAUUUUUAAUACAAAUGGAGUCAAGCUAAGAGUUGAGUAUUUAAUGUGUAAAACAAUGCCUGUUAUUGCUGCUUCACAAUGGUACAAGUAAAUAAAAACAAAAGUGCAAAGUCAGGUUAGAGCUCGACUGUCAUUGCCAUUCUGCGUCAAGUCAUGACAAACAUUUUAUUUGCAUUCUUCAGGUCACUCCACCCAAAGAAAAUAUUGACUUCUUUCUUGACGUAACUUUCUGUCGGGCAGUUCAGCAAAUUUAAAUUGCUAUAUUUCUGACUCUUUACUGUUGUACACUAUUAGAAUCUUCAGUGUUCAUACAGAGUCACGUUUAUGCAUGUUUGAUAUAUGAUUACAUGUACCUUGGCAUUUUUGUUGGCAGCAGAAUAGAUUUUGACAGCACAAAAUUCAUUUAACUUUCAAUCAAGCGUUGAGACCAAUAAGCUGAUCUGUGUAUAUAAUAAGUACACAUCAUCUUAAGUUUAUCUCUGGAGGCAUUAUGAGUUACUGCAGGUUUUUACAUUGUCAAUGCAAUAAUUACUGAAGGGAAUGUAGAGUAGGAGAAUUCUGACGUUUAUUGAAAAAUCUAAAAUUCUUGUAGGUAGUAGGGUCAUUGCACUUUGGCGAGCCGUACUCUGUUCAAAGCGCUGAGGCAACGAUGAUAUUUGCCCGUGAAGUGAACCUAAACAAGGUGUGUAACUUUUGGAGUUUUGUGUUUGUCACUCUUGUGCUCAAAUCUGGUAGUAGUAUGCUUCAGCAUUGAUGAAAAAGUAAUAGGUGAUAACAAAAUCCUUUUUUAUAUUAAUUGCAAAGUGAUCAAUGUAUUUUCAGGAUAAAACAUGUAAAUUAUGAUUUGGUAACAUUUGCUUAGUCAUUCUUUGAGCACAAGGGAAAUGUUUCAUCAUUGCCUCAGAUGUAUAGGUCAUGGAAGAGUGUGCGUGUGUGUGUGUGUGUGUGUGUGUGUGAGAGAGAGAGAGAGAGAGAGAGAGAGAGAUUUUUGGCGGCUUUGAAUGCAGUACAGGUCCCUGGCUGUGGACAAGAGUUGGGUGUCAGGGGAAAAUGUUAGGUGGUAAAAAAUCCUUUCUAGUUUUCAUUUUUCUGAUUACAAAAAUGAAAGGCCCAAAUAAAAUUGAUUUUUCCCCCACUUUACUAAUCUGGUGUAUCCCAUUUUUUGUUUUCUGCAAUACUUUUCAUGUUCCGUUUUUCAUUAUCAUAUAAUGAAAAGUUAUGCUUCUGUUUUUGGUGUUGCCGUCUUGUCUUUUUGACCUAGUCUCUUAUUUUUGUUUGAUGUUUUUUUGUGAAAAUUUGUUUUCAAAUCUUGUGUCAUAAUGGUAUUUUAAGUGUUUUCUCCACCGUUCAUCUGUGCUACAUGUGGAUACAAUAGCUACAAUAAGUAGGAUUAUUUCUUUGGAUUUUAGUUCCAAACAAACAAAAUAUUGAAUGAAAUCAGGUGCCAGAUUACAAAAGAAAAUAUUGUAAGUGAAUAAUUUCCCUCAUGCUGUAAAGUGUAAGCAUUUGACUGCCAUCUAAACAUAGUGUCCAUUUUUUCUCACUAUUUCAAAAAGAUAAUGUUGAAAUAAUUGUCAGAGUCAACCAAAUGGACAUGACACUGAACCAACCAUGUGUGUGUGUGUGUGUGUGUGUGUGUGUGUGUGUAUAUGUGUGUGUGUGUGUAAGUAUAUGUGUGUGCGUUGGCUCAGUGCCAUGUCUGCUAGGCUGGCCCCCGUAUACUGUGCGGGGUGCAGAGUUAGUCUGGCUGAAGGUCCCUCUGUAUCUUUAGUAAUUUACCAAAUUAUGUAUCUGCAAGUAAAGGUAAAUAUAUAU